CCGGGGGUUAGAGGAGGGGCGUGGGAGAGCCAGCAGGGACCCGCUCGUGGGACCGCUUCCCCGAGAAGCGAUCGCUUGGCGCUGCCACUGGGAAGCGGAUGAGCAGGCUCAGGCACCUCCCCGAGGCUCCUGCAGUGAUAAAACUUGAGAAAUAACAAGGAGGGGCGACUCGGCGUCUCCUGGGUCCAAUCCCAUCUCACAAACUAGCAGGCUCCCAGGAAAUUAAGGCUGAGAGAGGCUGAGGUGACCGACGUACCUCCUGCACUGCUGCACCUUCCCGGGCUCUGGCUCUCGGCUUUCCAACCCGCGCUGGGAUGGCAGGCGCGGGAUCCCUGAGCUCCCUGCGCGGAGCCCUCUGCAGCCUGCUGCUGACCCUCGUGGUCUUCAGUUUUGCUUGUGAAGCCUGCCAAAAGGUGAUAUUUAAUAUACCUUCUAAACUAGAGGCAGACAAAAUGGUUGGCAGAGUUAAUUUGCAAGAGUGCCUCAUGUCUGCAGACCUCAUCCAGUCAAGUGACCCUGAUUUCAAAGUUCUAGGUGACGGGUCAGUAUACACAGCCAGCGCUGUCAUGUUAUCUGAUGAGAAAAGGUCAUUCACCAUUCGGCUUUCUGACACGAGGAAACAGACCCAGAAGGAGAUUCCUGUGCUCCUGGAACAUCAGAAGGUACCGAGGAAGAGACACACUAGAGAAACGGUUCUCCGGCGUUCCAAGAGGAGAUGGGCACCUAUUCCCUGCUCAAUGCAAGAGAAUUCCUUGGGCCCUUUCCCUUUGUUUCUGCAACAAGUUCAGUCUGAUGCAGCACAGAACUAUACCGUCUUCUAUUCAAUAAGUGGACGUGGAGUUGACCAAGAACCUUUAAAUUUGUUUUUCAUAGAAAAAGACACUGGAAAUCUGUAUUGUACUAAGGCCGUGGAUCGUGAAGAAUAUGAUGUUUUUGAUUUGAUUGCCUAUGCGACAACUGCAGAUGGGUAUUCAGCAGACUUACCUCUUCCCCUGCCCAUCAGAGUGGAGGAUGAAAAUGACAACCACCCUAUUUUCACAGAACAAAUUUAUAAUUUUGAAAUUCCAGAAAGUAGUAGACUUGGUACCACAGUGGGGGUGGUGUGUGCCACGGACAAAGAUGAACCAGACACGAUGCACACGCGCCUGAAGUACAGCAUUUUGGAGCAGACGCCCAGGUCGCCCGGGCUCUUUUCCAUGCAUCCUACCUCAGGCACAAUCACCAUGGUCUCUCAGUAUUUGGACAGAGAGGUUGUAGACAAGUACAAAUUGAUACUUAAAGUGCAAGACAUGGAUGGUCAAUUUUUUGGAUUGAUGACUACAUCGACUUGUCUUAUAACAGUAACAGAUUCAAAUGACAAUGCACCUACUUUCUUGCAAAAUGUCUAUGCAGUAUCGGUAGAAGAAAACACAUACAAUGUGGAAAUCUUACGACUACCUAUACAAGAUAAGGAUUUAAUUAAGAGUGCCAAUUGGAGAGCCAAUUUUACCAUUUUAAAGGGCAAUGAAAAUGGACAUUUCAAAAUCAGUACAGAUGAAAAAACUAAUGAAGGCGUUCUGUGUAUUGUAAAGCCACUGAAUUAUGAAGAAACCCCACAAGUGGUCCUGGAAAUUGGAGUAAGCAAUGAAGCUCCUUUUACUAAAGAUAUUUCCCUCAGGGAAACCACAAACAGAGCUUUGGUUACAGUUCAAGUGAAGGACCAGGAUGAAGGGCCCGAGUGCAGCCCGGCAGCCCAAUAUGUACGGAUCAGAGAGAAUUCAGCCAAGGGGACCAGCACCAGUGGCUAUAGGGCAUAUGACCCUGAAACUAAAAGUAGCACUGGUAUCAGGUACAAAAAACUGCAUGAUCCUGAACAAUGGAUCACCAUUGAUGAAAACUCAGGGUCAAUCAGAACUUCCAAAGUUCUGGACAGGGAGGCUGCAACUCCCAGAAAGGACUUAUAUAAUGUUACGGUCAUGGCAAUAGACACAGAUGGUAGAUCGUGUACUGGAACGCUUGUAGUUAACAUUGAAGAUGUGAAUGAUAAUCCACCAGAAUUGCUUCAAAAUGAUGUAGUAAUUUGCAAACCAAAGAUGGAAUAUACUGACAUUUCAGCUUUUGAUCCUGAUGACUCUAUCCAUGGUCCUCCAUUUAAGUUUAGCUUGGCAAACCCUUCUUCAGAAAUCAGCAGAAUAUGGGCCCUCUCCACAGUUAAUGAUACAGCUGCCCGUCUUUCAUAUAACAAAAAUGCUGCAGUUGACGUAUAUUAUAUUCCUAUUACUGUAAGAGACAGAGAAGGUCAGUCUGCAACAAAAACCUUGACAGUUAAUCUGUGUGCUUGCACUCAUCCAAGUCAAUGUGCGAAGACUCAAAGAAGUGCAGGAGUAUCACUUGGGAAAUGGGCGAUCCUGGCUAUACUACUGGGUAUAGCGCUACUUUUCUCUGUAUUGCUAACUUUAGUGUGUGGAAUUGUUGGUGCCAGAAAAAAAGGUUUUCCGGAAGAUUUGGCACAGCAAAUAAUUAUAUCAAACACAGAAGCACCUGGAGAUGAUAAGGUGUGUUCUGCUAAUGGGUUUACCACCCAGACAGUCAACAACUCUAACCAUGGCCUUUGUGGUACUAUGGGGUCAGGAGUCAAAAACGGAGGGCUGGAAGCCAUUGAAAUGGUGAAAGGAGGACACCACACCUUAGAAUCAGGCCGGAGUCACCAUCACACCCUGGAUUCCUGCAGGGGAGGACACAUGGAAAUGGAAAACUCCAGACAUACCUACUCAGAGUGGCAUAAUUUCACUCAGCCUCAUCUUCAUGAAAAAUUGCACCAAUAUAAUAAGAACGAAGACCACCUCUCAUCUAAAGAUUAUGUCCUUACAUAUAACUAUGAAGGAAGAGGAUCUCCAGUUGGUUCUGUAGGUUGCUGCAGUGAAAAACAGGAAGAAGAAGGUCUUGACUUUUUAAAUAAUUUGGAAAGCUAAAUUUACUACAUUAGCAGAACAUGCACAAAAGAUAAAUAUUACAGUGCUACAAUUAGACAUGAUUUUGUCUAACAUUUCUGGAUAAUUCCAAAAGGGUUACUGUAAAAUUUGAUUUCAGUUUCUAAUCUGAAUCUAUAUCUGAAUUCAUAUCUGGGCUGAAAUUCUGUUCUAGUUCCAGGUUUAGAUUUAAGUUGGAUAGGGUUAUUUCAAAUACUAUGGCCAUUUUUUUGGAUUUUGUUAGCUCUAAAAUAUUAGUAGUACUUAGUCAGUAGCCCCUAUGAUUUCCAGAAUUUUGUUUUCUUCUGGUUAGCAGUAAGAUAAUGAAGAGCAGUCUUAUCUGCUUGAUUGCCUUAAUAAAGUUUCUCAAAAAUACAUAGCCACAACUUUAAACUAUGCUAGGAAAGUGCAAACCAAGAAAUUAUUAGUUGUAUGCUUUGAAGGUGUUUUUUUAUGGUUUAUAAAAGAUUAUUAUGAGGAAUGUGACUUCCUUUAUUCUCAAGAAACACAACUAUGUUCACCAUACAGAGAGGUAUUACCAUAUUUUAGUGGAAAAUGCUAAACAUCUUUUAUUGAGAUCAUAAUCUGUAAUCUUACCAUUUUUGCCCCCUGAGGUUCAAGACUACUAUCAAGGACUCUUACUUGCCAGGAAU